AUGAUCUAUGAUCCAACACAGCCAGACAAACCUGGAUCAUUGAUUGUUGCGACUAGGAAGACCAGCUUUCUUCUCUCAUUUCCCCUCGCUGCUCAGCUGGAGCCUGUGUCGCCUAGCACACCUCGUGGUUCUCCUAUUGAGACCGACCCAGACCUUCCUAGUCUUACCUCCACUUCCACUGGAUCCCUUGACCUGAGCUCCGAGCAGCUCGGUAUCCUGACACUAACCCUGUAA